CGAAACGCGAAACUCAAGCUACUAGUGUCGCCCGAACGUAGCCAAGCAAACAGGAGGCCAAGCCAAGGUUGUCUGACGCGAAAGUGCUUAGCUUGAGUGCAAGCUAGAAACUAAAUUUAAAGUCCCCCAGGUGUUUACUGCUAACCGCAGAAUCGGCAUACAAAACAAAAUGAGUCUGGAUAAAGCAGACCUAUGCGAUUCAUUACUAAAUUGGCUACAGACAUUUCAGCUGCCAUCAUGCACCAGCAAGCAGGACCUGACCAGUGGGGUGGCUAUUGCACAUGUUCUACACAGGAUAGAUCCCACCUGGUUUAAUGAGGUGUGGCUGAGCAGGAUCAAGGAGGAUCAUGGAGCCAACUGGCGUCUCAAGGUCAGCAACCUGAAGAAGAUUCUCCAGAGUAUGCUUGAGUACUACCAUGAUGUGCUUGGCCACCAGGUAGCAGACAAACACCUUCCGGAUAUCUGUCUAAUUGGGGAGUUUGAGGAUGUGACUGAGCUGGGCAAGCUGGUGCAGCUGGUGCUUGGCUGUGCGGUCAGCUGUGAGAAGAAGCAAGAGCAAAUUUGUCAGAUUAUGACCCUGGAGGAGUCUGUCCAGCAUGUUGUCAUGACAGCCAUACAGGAGCUCCUAGCUAAAGAGCCAACUGAUCCAGCAAGCUCAGAGACCUACGGUGACUUUGACCAUCAGUCAAGGAAGUAUUAUUUCCUCAGUGAAGAAGUGGAGGCGAAGGAGGACCAGGGCCAGCGCUGUCAGGAUAUUGAGCGCCAGUUGGCCGUGGCCUUGGAGGAGAAGUCCUCUCUUCUGGUGGAGAUUCGUUCCCUGAAGGAGAAACUCAGCCGCUGUGACACUCAGGACGCCUCCACCACCAUCACUGGCAAGAAGCUGCUGCUGCUGCAGAGCCAGAUGGAGCAGUUACAGGAGGAGAACUACAGACUGGAGAACAGCAGAGACGACAUGCGUGUGCGAGGGGAGGUUCUGGAGCGCGAGGUGGUGGAGCUCACUCACCGCAACGAGGAGCUGACCAGCCUGGCACAGGAGGCUCAGACCCUGAAAGACGAGAUGGACAUCCUCAGGCACUCGUCUGACCGGGUGAGCCGCCUGGAGGCGAUGGUGGAUACGUAUAAGCGGAAGCUGGAGGAUUUGGGGGACCUGCGGCGACAGGUGCGUCUGCUGGAGGAACGCAACACUGUCUACAUGCAGCGCACCUGUGAGCUGGAGGAGGAGCUACGGAGGGCCAACACGGUUCGCAGCCAACUGGACACCUACAAGAGACAGGUCCAUGAGCUUCACGCUAAACACUCGUCGGAGGCCCUGAAGGCUGAGAAGUGGCAGUUUGAGUACAGGAACCUCCAUGACAAGUACGAUGCCCUGCUGAAGGAGAAAGAGCGUUUGAUUGCAGAGCGAGACACGCUGCGGGAAACCAAUGACGAGCUCAGGUGUGCACAGGUCCAACAGAAGUACCUUAACGAGACGGGUGCUGUGGGAAACCUGGCCUCAGAGAUGAUGCCUGCUGAGUUCAAGGAGACGGUGAUCCGUCUGCAGAGCGAGAACAAGAUGCUGUGUGUCCAGGAGGAGAGUGACCGGCAGAAACUGGUGGAGGCCCACAGGGAGCUGGAGGAGUCCCAGCGGAGGCAACACACCCUGGAGACGCAGAACAGGUUGAGCCAGCAGCAGAUCUCUGAGCUACGCUCCCAUGUGGAUGAACUCCAGAAAGCUCUACAGGAGCAGGGCAGCAAGACGGAAGAUGCCAUCUCGUCCUUAUUGAAGAAGAAGCUUGAGGAGCACCUGGAGAAGCUCCAUGAGGCCCACUCAGACCUACAGAAGAAGAGGGAGGUCAUUGAUGACCUGGAGCCUAAAGUCGACUGCAACAUGGCAAAGAAGAUCGAUGAGCUGCAGGAGAUCCUGAAGAAAAAGGAUGAGGACAUGAAGCUAAUGGAGGAGCACUAUAAACGUUACGUGGAGAAGGCCAGGACGGUGAUUAAGAAUCUGGACCCCAAGCAGCAGCCUCUGACAGUAUCUCCUGACGUUCAGGCCCUUAAGAACCAGCUGAAUGAGAGAGAAGUGAAGAUCCAGUACCUGGAGCAUGACUAUGAGAAGAGCAGGUCCAGACAUGAGCAGGAGGAGAAACUCAUCAUAAGUGCCUGGUAUGACAUGGGUAUGGCCCUGCAUCAGAAGGUUGUCGGGGAACGGUCAGGUCCAUCCAACCAGGCCCAGUCCUUCCUGGCUCAGCAGAGGCAGUCGACCCAUGCCAAGAGAGGCCUGGCUGCCCGCCACCUGCCCAGAUAAGACACAACAUCCCUGUGGGAUGACGAGGAGGGUAAUGGACGCAAGACCGUGUCCAGGUGUUCGUGUCUUCAGUACUAAUGGUCACUGGUGCCUCUAUUGAAGGCGGUUACUCUGGGUUUUGGGGAAGACUGCUGCUGCCCCAUGCUGGUCAUUUCUGGCACAGCACUUUCUCAAGUGUCAAAGUGGCUGAGAUACUACCUGCAUGUUCAAGUGCAUUCAAAGCUACCAGGCUCUUUGGAACUAAUAUGAGAACAAUGUCUCAAUAAGAGCUAUAAUGAAAGAAGAUGAAGCAAAUUCUGACCGGUUGAAUCUUUCAUGAAUUUUCCUCUUGUUUUUUUUUUUUCUUUAAUGCAUUUUCCAUUUUCUAAGGGUUUAUAUGACAAUGUGAUGAGAAUCAAUAGUUUGUAGGGGCCACAGUAAUGACUUGGAAGGAAAGGGAUGAUGCUAUUGAUUUUGGUAUGGGUCAAUAUCCUUAUACUGUGAGGUGAGAUGGAGUAUAACUUUCCCUGGAAUGUUGACAUGGAAAUAGUCAUUAGAGAUGUGUAUUUGUUGGAAUUGUGGAGACGUUGCGUAUUUAUUAAUGUGCGUCUGCCUCCUUUGUGUAUUAUGUUUCAUCUCUGGAAGAUCUAAAUGUCCAUGGUAAUAAGACUUGUCGUGCUUUCAAGCCCCGUAAUUAGGAAGAAAGUCAUGAUCUCAGUUUAUUUUCAUGGAUGUUUUUGUAUUAUGUCAUUUACUCUCUUCAUUUAUUUAUGUUUUACUUGAUUUCUCUAUUUUACUUUUUAUUUUGCUAGUUAAGGUAUGAAUGUGUCUAUACGUGAAGGAUCUGAAGGGCAGGAAGAACAGCUUUCUGGUGUGUUUUAUUCAAAAUAAACCUCAGCAUUGUCGUAUUAGUCCAUGUGGUGUAGUUAUGUGCAGAAAGGUACAUAGUGUACAUUAAAGCACUCGUCCUCCCUUUUGCUCAUGGUUCAGUGCCUGGUGUGAGACUAGAGGAAAUGCCCCUGAUAUUUUUUAAGGACUGCACAUUUUCUCAAAUGACAGGAAAGUAGGUCUAUGGUGUACACAUGUAAUGCAAGAAGUUUGGAACAAAAUGGCCGAUGUUGGGGGUGAUGAUUAUGGAAUGACAGUUUGAAGGUGUGUUCAUACUGACUACUGAAAACGCUUUUGUUUCAGGAUUUAAUUGGGGAACACUCAGUGACUGGUUUCUUUUUUUGGGGGGACUAAAGUUGUUUAAGUUUUUAACUGUGAUUUUAACUUAACCCCUCAAAAGUUAAACAGGGUGUUUUUUAAAUAAUUGUUAUUCAUUGCACACAACACUUUAAACUAAUGUGAAUGUAGGAAAUGUUGGUGGUUGAGGACCAAUCAUUUUCUCAACUUAUCAUUGAUUCCCAUUUCAAUUGAUAAUGCUGGAAAGAAAAUGGUUUUUGAAGCUAAAAAUGGUUAUCAACAUAAAUUAUUCUGUUCACUCAUACUGGAAUGUACCUAGCUAAGGGACAGAGCAUUCUGUAUUGUGUAAUGUCUUCUUCAUGAAUGUUUGACAUUUUUGACUGACAUUUUUAAGAUGAACCUGUAAGGGCAGCACAUUAUUUUGAAUAUUACAUAGAUCAUAUUACUUUUGAAGUGUCCACUUUAACAUGCAUUUCCUCUUCAGUACCUGAUCUGUCUUAUAUGGGAGGAAUGGCUCUCUAAGGCCUGAACCUAACCUUGUAGGUGUAUAACUACCUGUGCAAUGGUAAAUGUAUCAGUUAGGAAACCACGGCUUUGUGUGUACACUUGUUUUGAUUCUUCUUUUUUUACUUUAAGUGGAUGUUAAUUUGGUGUUAAGACCCACAGUCUUUAUGUAUUGCAUGCAUUGUGUGAAGGGGUUUUGAAUGUUUGUGUUUAUCUUUUUCUUUAUCAUUGCAUAGAAUGUUAUAUAACAAAUGAAGGUACAUUAUAGGAAGGUGUAGGUUUGUAGUCUAAUCAGUUCUGCAAUUUCUGCAGUGGAAAUAAAAUUGGGACUUGUGCUAUCAUAA